GGCAGCCUGGGAACUCCAUAGCAGCAAACAUGGCGGCUGCAAUAGGGAGAGUUUUGUCCUUCAGUAAAAAUGCUAAGGUGUUUGUUUCACCGAUGAGGUUGUCUGUUGUACCUGGGCACCGGUACAGCUUAGACGUUUCCAGUACUGGUGAGCCCAUUACUCACACCGGACAGGUGUUUGAUGAAAAAGAUCCCCGAAGGGCCAGAUUCGUUGGCAGACAGAAAGAGGUGAAUAAGAACUUCGCCAUCCAACUGGUUGCAGAGGAGCCAGUGACUGACAUUGAGGCCAGAGUGGUGUCCUGUGAUGGGGGUGGAGGGGCCCUGGGCCAUCCCAAAGUCUACAUCAACCUGGAUAAGGACACAAAAGUUGGCACAUGUGGCUACUGUGGAUUACAGUUCAAGCAGAAGCAUCAUCAUUGAAUCUUUCCCUCUGCUGCUUCUCUGUAUAGAUGAACAUAUUGGUUAAUAAAUUAUCUGUUGUCUCUCCA